AUGCCACCGUCAACCCUGCGGCUCUUCUGGCUCGGAUCCCUCCUGCUCUCUCUGGGCGGGUUGGUAUCAUCCUCGCAAUGGUUCACCGUGGACAGCAGUGGCCUGGGCAUUUCGCUGAUGGAAUCGGUGGCCCUGGCCCUGAAUAGCUCCAGUUUGGCGUUGGCCAACAAUACCGCUUGGCCGCUGCAGCAUGAUCCGAGAUUUACCGAGGAUCUAUCUGAGAUUGAGACCUACGACUUCAUUGUGGUGGGUGCAGGCAGUGCCGGUUCGAUUGUGGCCAGCCGGUUGAGCGAGAGCUGCCAUGUGAGGGUGCUUCUCCUGGAGGCGGGUGAUUUGCCGCCGCUGGAGUCCGAGGCCUUUACCCUGAGCGGUGCUCUCCAUCACGACCCGCGGUACAUGUAUCUGGACGAGGCGGUUCCCAAUCCAGAGUGCUGUCAGGCCAUGGCAGAGGGUCACGGCUGCUCCUGGUGGCACGGACGCAUGAUGGGCGGCACGGGAGCCAUCAAUGGUAACAUCUUUGUCCCCGGCAGUCGGAGUAACUUUGAAAACUGGAAUGCCACCGGCUGGGAAUGGUCCCAGGUCCAGGACACCUAUCGUCGCCUACAGGAACGUAUGAAGCUCUCCUACCUCGAGGCCAAUCCCCUCAGCCUGAAGCUGGCCAAUGUGAUUUACUCGGGAGCCGCGGAAUUGGGUGUGCCAAGGAUGAGGCAGCCGCUAAUAGCGGGUGCCAGUUUCGGUUACACCCACCACGUUCCCGUGACCCUCAAUGGAGGCAGAAGGGCCAGCAGCGGACGCCUUUACUUGGCCCAGGAUGGGGUCAACAGGCGACCAAAUCUGAAGGUGAUUCGAGGAGCGCAAGUGCAGAGGGUACUCCUAAGUCCCGAGGGUAACCAGGCCAUCGGAGUCACCUACUCUUUAAACGGGCAAGAGAUCUCCGCAUCGAUCUCCUCUCCCGGAGAGGUAAUCCUGAGUGCUGGUACCAUCAACUCCGCCAAGCUGCUCCUACUCUCCGGCAUUGGACCGCAGGAGGAGCUCAGCAGCUGGAAUAUAACCGUCAGGCAGGAUCUGCCGGUGGGUCAUAAUCUCCAGGACCAUGGGAUGCUGCCCCUUUACCUCAUUUUUGGUUCGGAUUGCUCGGUGAAUAGCACCAGAAUGCCAACGGAGAAUCCCUAUGGCCCUGUGUCUGUGGCCAAGUAUCUGCUGGAGAGCCAGAAGGGUCCACUUUCCCAGGGCUUCUACAUGAUGGGCUACAUCAACUCCCGGGCACCGCACAGCUCCCUGCAUCAACCCGAUCUCCAUGUGGUGGCCCACACGCUCCUGCCCAAGGGUAGCUCUGGUAGCUUUGGUUACCUCGGCUUUCGGCCGGAAUUGAUCCAGGCCCAGGUGGACAUACUCAAGGAGUAUGAUCUCCUGCAGAUCAUGGGCUCAUUGCUGCGUCCCGUGUCGCGCGGUCGAGUGCGUUUAGCGGGAAUCGAGAAUCAUUACGCCCAGGCGGAGGAGGAUCAGCAGACGCUGCUUCGCUUUGUGCGAUAUGUCCAGCGGUUGACCCGAACCCGAGCAUUCCGCAAGUGCGGGCUGCGGCUCUGGCUGCCACCUGUCCAGGAAUGCGAUGCUUUGGCCACCGAUUCCGAUGAUUACUGGCUGUGCCACAUACGGCACUUUUACGUGGGGGCUUGGCACUCGGUGGGUACUUGUCGCAUGGCGGCCAGGAACAGCCUAGGAAAGGAGGAGGUGGAGAAACAGCAGGAAGAUGGCGGCGUGGUGGACGAGAGGCUGCGGGUGCAUGGUGUCCAGAGACUUCGGGUGGUGGAUGCCAGCAUAAUGCCCGAGUUGCCAGCGGGCAAUACCAAUGGACCUGCCAUGAUGAUAGGCGAAAGGGGAGCGCAACUGAUCCUCGAGGAUCGGGGGGAAGGCAACGAAGUAAUAACCGAUUGCUGAGCCUUUGGUUUUGUUAACAAUAACAAAUACAUAUGGUACAUAUUUAUGUAAAAAAUGUAAUGUAUUGUAAAUACAAAUUUUAAGUUUUUAAUGUAAAUCACAAAUGUAGAUAUAUCAAUAAAGCAUGGAUAUUUGAAUCGAAA